GCGGCUUUUUAUCCCAAUUCAUCCCAUAUUCUUUCUUUUUCUCUGGUUUUCGUUCAGAAAAACAAAAUGAAGCUAGAAGUGUGUCAUUAUAGUGGCUACAAAAUCUACCCAGGUCAUGGGAAAAGGUACAUCAGAAUUGAUGGCAAGUGUUUCAACUUCUUGGUAAAGAAAUGUGAAAGGUCAUUUCUCAUGAAGAGGAACCCAAGAAAGAUAUCUUGGACUGUGUUGUAUAGAAGAAAACACAAGAAAGGUUCCAUUGAAGAGGUCUCAAAGAAGAGGACAAGGAGGAAUGUCAAAUUCAAUAGAGCUAUCCAAGGGGCAACUCUUGAGAAUAUCAUGGCAAAACGAAAUCAAAAGCCAGAAGUUAGAAAAGCCCAACGAGAACAAGCAAUUAGAGCUGCAAAGGAUAAGAUCAGGCAGAAAAAAGAAGUUAAGAAAAUGGCAAAGGUCCAACAACAGCAGCCUGUGAAAUCCAAGGCUCCUAAACAGAAGGGAGGAAAGGGUGCUGGUCGUGUGGGUGGAAAACGCUAAAUGUAUAUUUGCUUUUUGCAAUAAAUAUGAUUUCACUCGUA